AUGUGGGCGGCAUGGUGUGUGGCUGCUCUGUCGGUGGCAGCUGUGUGUGGCGUCUGCCAAGAUACAAACACCGUCCUCAGGGUGACCAAAGACGUGCUGAGCAAUGCCAUCUCGGGCACCUUGCAGCAAAGUGAUGCUCUUCGCUCAGCCCUGAGAGAGGUGCCCAUGGGUGUCGGUGGUGUUCCCUACAAUGACUUCCACGUCCGAGAACCACCCCCAAAGUAUACCAAUGGCCACCAGCUGGGUGGUAAUUACAAGUAUGGUCACGUCGAGGCCAAUGACAACACCGCUCAGCUGGGGGGCAAAUACCGAUAUGGUGAGAUCCUUGAGUCCGAUGGAAGCGUCAGGGACCUCCGAACCAGCAACUACCGCAAUGCUGAGAACGCGCACGGCAGCCACGGGGACCAUGGGCGGUACAGGUCUGCUGAAGGCGCGGCGGCGCCCUUGGGCAGACUUCACCGGCGAGAGUUGAGGCCUGGAGAGAUCCCGCCUGGUGUAGCCACUGGGGCACUGGGCCCAGGCGGCUUGCUGGGCACUGGGGGCAUGCUGGCAGCUGACGGCAUCCUAGCAGGCCAAGGUGGCCUGCUCGGCGGAGGUGGUCUCCUUGGAGAUGGAGGACUUCUUGGAGGAGGGGGCGUCCUGGGCGUACUUGGCGAGGGCGGCAUCAUCAGCACCGUGCAGGGCAUCACCGGGUUACGCAUCGUGGAGUUGACUCUCCCCCGGGUGUCUGUGCGGCUCCUGCCUGGCGUGGGCGUCUACCUGAGCUUGUACACCCGUGUGGCCAUCAAUGGGAAGAGUCUUAUUGGGUUCCUGGACAUCGCAGUGGAGGUGAACAUCACGGCCAAAGUCCGGCUGACCAUGGACCGCACGGGUUACCCAAGGCUGGUCAUUGAGCGAUGUGACACCCUCCUGGGAGGUAUCAAAGUCAGGCUGCUGCGAGGGCUUCUCCCCAAUCUUGUGGACAACUUAGUAAAUCGAGUCCUGGCCAACGUCCUCCCUGACUUGCUCUGCCCCAUCGUGGAUGUGGUGCUGGGCCUUGUCAACGACCAGCUGGGUCUCGUGGACUCUCUGAUUCCUCUGGGGAUACUGGGAAGUGUCCAGUACACCUUCUCCAGCCUCCCGCUCGUGACUGGGGAAUUCCUGGAGCUGGACCUCAACACUUUGGUUGGAGAAGCUGGAGGAGACCUCAUCGAUUACCCACUGGGGCGGCCAGCCUUCUCUCCCAAGCAGAAGAUGCCAGAAUUGCCCCCCAUGGGCGACAACACCAACUCCCAACUGGCCAUUUCUGCCAACUUUCUGGGCUCGGUUCUGACUCUCCUGCAGAAGCAAGGGGCCCUAGAUAUUGACAUCACUGAUGGCAUGUUUGAAGAGCUUCCUCCACUCACCACGUCCACACUGGGAGCCCUGAUUCCCAAGGUGUUCCAGCAGUACCCUGAGUCCCGCCCCCUCACCAUCAGGAUCCAGGUGCCGAACCCACCUUCGGUGACGCUACAGAAGGACCAGGCGGUGGUGAAGGUGUUCGCCACCUCUGAGGUCAUGGUCUCCCAGCCCAAUGAUGUCGAGACCACCAUCUGCCUCAUUGAUGUGGACGCAGAACUCUUGGCCAUGUUUUCCGUGGAGAAUGAUAAGCUUAUGAUUGACGCCAAGCUGGACAAGACCAGCCUCAACCUCAGAACCUCAAACGUGGGCAAUUUUGAUGUUGGCCUCUUGGAGGUGCUGGUCGGGAAGAUUUUUGACCUGGCAUUCAUGCCUGCAAUGAAUGCUGUGCUGGGCUCUGGUGUUCCUCUUCCCAAAAUCCUCAACAUCGACUUCAGCAAUGCAGACAUUGACAUCUUGGAGGACCUUCUGGUGCUGAGCACCUGA